GCUUGGCGCCAGGAGUCUCAGCCGCGCAGCUCGUGGCCUUGCUGCGCGUCGCCAGGGCAACGCGCACGGCUGUUUCCGGAGGCGUCGGCCGAGGUGGGCGGGGCUAGGCCUCAGCUGCCGGUGGGAGGUAGCCGCCUGGGAUCAUCAGGCCGCCUCCAGACCCGCGGGCGCAUGGCCGGGUCCCAGGGUUCAGGGAACACUAUUUGAAACCCCCAGUGCCGGCAACACCUUUUGUCAGCUGGGUCCUGGAAACAGCGGAACGAAAGGCAGACGGUUUUGUGUUGCUGGGGCGGACGUGGGGCCAAUCUGUCCGUCCUUGCAAGUUUCCCCCAAGGUUGGGACCUAGACGUGCGGCAGAUUCACGUUCUCUGGCACCAUAGUGGUCGUCGCUGGCCCGAGUUAGAAGCCAACUGAGAAUUCUUCGUGCCUCAGAUUUGUUGACCUACAGAAUGCUUCGAUACCCAUAUUUUUGUAGGAUCUAUAAAGAAUUUCUUUCAUGCUGGUUGGAAUCUGGCAUAUUUAAUUUAGGUGUCUGGCCAAAAAAAAUACAUGAUACAACACAAAGAUAUAAUGAAUAUGAAGCCCAGAUGCAAACAGAUCAAACUGGAACUCAGGAGAUACACAGAUCUCAAGAUAGAGAUUUUGAAGCCAUGACUAAAUUACAUAUUCCAGUAAUGGUGGAUGAAGUUGUUCGUUGUUUGGCACCACAAAAAGGCCAGACUUUUCUAGAUAUGACAUUUGGUUCAGGAGGACAUACAAGAGCCAUUCUACAGAAGGAGUCAGAUAUUACUCUGUAUGCCUUAGACAGAGACCCAACAGCUUAUGCAAUAGCCGAACAGCUUUCAGAAUUGUAUCCUAAACAGAUCCGAGCUAUGCUAGGCCAGUUCAGCCAGGCAGAAGCCUUAUUAAUGAAAGCUGGAGUGCAGCCAGGGACUUUGGAUGGAGUUCUUUUGGAUCUUGGGUGUUCCUCCAUGCAACUUGAUGCUCCUGAAAGAGGUUUUUCCCUCCGGAAGGAUGGCCCCUUGGACAUGAGAAUGGAUGGUGGCAGGUACCCUGACAUGCCCACCGCAGCUGAUGUUGUGAACGCUUUAGAUCAACAGGCACUUGCAUCCAUCCUGAGAACAUACGGGGAGGAGAAGCAUGCCAAGAAAAUCGCUUCAGCAAUUGUUCAGGCACGCAGCCUUUACCCCAUCUCCAGAACCCAGCAGCUUGCCAGCAUCGUUGCAGGUGCAUUUCCUCCAUCUGCUGUUUUUGCACGGAAAGACUUGCUACAACGAUCUACCCAUAUCGCUACCAAGACUUUCCAAGCUUUUCGAAUAUUUGUGAACAAUGAACUCAAUGAACUUUACACAGGAUUGAAGACAGCUCAGAAGUUUCUGAGACCUGGUGGCCGCCUUGUUGCCCUCUCCUUCCAUUCAUUAGAGGAUCGCAUUGUCAAACGAUUCUUGCUUGGGAUAAGCAUGACAGAAAGGUUUAACCUAAGUGCUAGACAGAAAGUGAAACAAGGAUUUCAACUGGGUUCAGUUCAUGAAAACAAGGAAGGAGCCUCUAUAGGCAGGGCCCCUUUAAUGUGGGAAUUGAUACACAAGAAAGUACUUACUCCAGAAGAUCAGGAUGUACAGGAUAACCCCAGAGCACGCUCAGCCAAGCUUAGAGCAGCCAUCAAAUUAUGAGAGUUUUCAUCAUUUGAUCCUUCAAGUUUUCACUUCACAGUUUCUCUUUUUUUUCAUGUAUAUUACUGAUCAACUUAAUAUAAG